GCGCUUUCCAGACGGACAGCAAACUCCGCGCACGCGCGCGCGCGUGUGUGAGCGAAGUAAACGUGUUUGCCUGCGAGACUUAAACAACAGCGACGUUUCUGACAUCUCUAUCGGGUUUUUUUUAACACAGACAUGCGCUCUGAGUGACACCAUGAAGAAGAAGCAGCUUGUAAAGAGUGAUGGUGGGGAUGCUGGAGAUUACAAGGUCGGUCAGGUGUCCAGCAGCCUGUUCCCAGAGAAACACAACACCGGAGCUUUAUCCUCUUUAUUCUCCUCCACAUCGUCUGCUAGUACUUUAGUCUUUGUUCCCGCACCGAAGACUGAAUCUAAAAUCGAAGCGGCGCCGUCUGACGUUAAAGCUCAGGGUCACAUUCAGAAACCGGAGAAGACUCCAAAGAGGCUCUCAGCGGCCGAGAAGCAGCUUCAGGACCGAGAGAGCGCUCUACAGAAUGCAGAUGAUGAAGAACAAACGACUGUGAAGAAGGUCAAGCGUAAGCGUGCUGAUGAAACGGACGACACGACUCAAGAGCGGCCUGCUAAACACAGAGAGACAGUGAAGAACAUGGCAGAGGAGCGGAUUAAAAUGAAACGAACAGUGUUUGUAGGGAACCUGCCUCCAAGCUGCUCAAAGAAGAUGCUUCUGUCUCUGUUCAAGGAGGCCGGAGCCGUCGAGUCGGUCCGCUUCCGUUCAGUGGUUCAAGAAGACCCAACUAUGUCCCGAAAAGUAGCGGCUAUUCAGAGAAAAGUUCACCCAAAAAAACAGAAUAUUAAUGCUUACAUCGUCUUCAAGGAGGAAGAAGCAGCUGCUGGAGCUCUGAAAUGGAACGGGCAGGAGAUCCAGCCGGGUUUUCACAUCCGAGUGGACCGUGUCUCUCAGCACAGUGGCCAUGAUCAUAAAAGGUCCAUAUUCGUGGGAAACCUCCCGUACGAUAUAAUGGAGCUUCCGCUGCGCGAGCACUUCGAGGAUUGUGGGAGUGUGAAGGCCGUGCGUUUGGUGCGAGACCGAGCGUCUGGGAUGGGCAAGGGCUUCGGCUACAUCUUGUUCGAGAGCCCAGAUUCGGUGAUGCUGGCUCUGAAACUCGACGGCUCCAAGCUACUGGAUCGAAAAAUCAGAGUCAAGCGAUCCGUGAAGAAAGAAAAAGAGAAGCGAGCACCUCCAGGCCAGCCUUCACGAUUCAGGGGAUCCAGAGCAAAUCUUGGCAGGAAGCAAACACCGGCCUCGUCUUUCAAAGGAGAGAUGGCGGAUCCUGCCGCCAGAAGGGGCAAAGGACUGAAAAAGAAAUUUAAGCAGAAGAAAAAGAAACCAAACGUUCAUAUUUAAUGCUUGUGCUUAUUUUUUUUUACGCGUUUGGUGUUUUUAUGUCACAAGUAAAAAGGUGACUAAACGCUU